AAAAAGUAAAAUGGAAAUGGCACUGUUAGAGGCAGCAGCAGGAGGAAAUAGCUGACACACUAUAAAACACACCUCAAUCAGAGCAGCUGUGCCUCCAUAACUCAAAGACAAGAUGACUUCAUCAACGAAGAUUUCAAACAUCACACAGGACUGGGUGGAGAAUCUGCUCAAGUGGAACCUAGAUUACUUUUUCAUCCCGACCACAGUCAUCACUCUGGCCACCUUGCUGGCGAAUCCCGUCCUCCUCACGUGUAUUUUCCUUUCCCGCGCCUUGCGUCAGGAGACACGUUACCUGCUGGUGGCCAACACCCUGACCGCAGACAUCCUCUUCCUCAUCCUCAACCUGGCCACAGUGAUCUGUAACACCGCCAGAGCUCAGAUCACCUGGCUGUUUUGUGAGCUGGUCACAGCCGUCACUGUCACCGCCUACUGCUGUGCCAUCCUCACUGUCACCCUCAUGGUGGUCGACACCUACGCUGCAGUUCGCUGGCCUCUCCGUUACCAUGACAUUCUUCCACCUGCCCGCACCUACCGCAUACUGGUGGGGGUGUGGUUGCUGGCCGCCUUGUACCCUUUCACCCUGGUGAUCUUGAUGGAGGUGAAGAGGGGAGAUCAACAUGAGAGGGUAGCUGUGUGCCUGGUCCUCAUCUCUCUCAGCUUCAUGCAGGGCAGCAGCACAGUUGGGAUCCACAUCUACUUCUUUGUCGCUGCGCUCAUUUGUGCUUUGCUCAUUUUUUACUGUUACAUUCGUCUCUACAUGGUAACGAGGACCCAGGGCAUCUGGCAGAGCCGCUUCUCCAGGGCCCGGGUCACACUGCUGGCUCACGGGGUUCUGCUCCUGCUCUACUUUGCCCCCGGCUUUGUUUUCACCCUGGAGCUCUACCUGUUCCAGAGGGAAGACAUAAGUCAGGAUGUUCGUGUGUGGAUCAGCACCGUCAACAUGUGUGUUUUCGUGUUGCUGCCCAGGGCGUUUGCUCCAUACCUGUAUGGGCUCAGGUACAGGGAGCUCUCGGACUCUCUGAUGCAGCUGCUGCACCAGCACAGGAGACUCAGUCACAUCACAGUUUAAUGGAGACUUGUAUAAACUGUCCAUUAUUCAAAUUUCCUCUAUGGAAAUUACUUGUGAUAUACAGAUUUUCUGAUGUAACUGCGAGGGCAGCAGCAAGGAUGCGUCCAAAUCUCCUCCAGUGCAAUUUUAUUUUGACUAGCCAUUAAAAAAGUAAAUUUUCCCAUUUUCUAUAUUUAUUUAAAUCCACGUCAAUGAAAAUAUGGAUGUUUCACAUUCUUCUUCAGCUCCGCAGCACUGAAGAUCUACUGUAUAUUAUCAGCACAGUUUUAAGGUGGGCACCAAAUUCAGCAUCUGAUCAAAUGUUUCCCCUUCUGCUCCUGAGAUAUAUCACUGAGUAAAGGCUAGAAAAGUGUUUUUUCAUCACAUUGUGAUAUCACAGUGAAGCUGACCUUUGACCUUUUUUGAUAUAAAAUGU